AUGAACGUACACUUGUUUGGGGCAAUCUCCUCACCGAGCUGUUCAAAUUACGCGCUCAGGAAGACAGCAGAUGAUUUCGAAGAAAAAGAAAGCGCUGAAGUUGCAAAUGUCCUCAGGAAGAACUUCUACGUGGACGAUUGUUUAAGAUCGGAAAAAAGCGAAGAGUUGGCAACCGACACAAUUAACGGCGUGACUCGGAUGUGCACCCGUGGAGGCUUUCGUCUGACUAAAUUUACGAGUAACAAACAUUGCGUUCUGGAAGCAAUACCUGAAGAGGAACGAUCUAAAGAGCUUAAGUGCCUGGAUCUAAAUUGUGACCGUUUGCCAAUAGAACGAGCUCUUGGUGUACAAUGGUUCGUGGAAUCAGAUGAAUUAGGAUUUAAGAUCAUCCUGAAGGACAAACCGCUGACUCGUCGAGGCAUCUUAGCUACCAUUAGUUCGAUCUAUGAUCCAAUUGGAAUGGCUGCCCCGAUCCUCCUGUCCGGCAAAAGAAUCCUCCAGGACCUUUGUCGAGAAAAACUCACUUGGGACGACGAUCUCCCACAAGAAUACCGUGCUCGAUGGGAAAAAUGGAGAACUGAAUUGCCCGCGUUGGAACAGUUUGUUUUGGCCCGGUGCCUCAAGCCUUCGAAUUUUGGAACUCCAGUGAUUAAACAGAUUCACAGCUUCUCCGACGCUAGUCUGAUGGGUUUAGGCCAAGUUUCGUAUCUAAGGCAAGUUAACGAUAAAGGAGAUAUCCACUGUGCCUUUUUGAUGGGCAAGGCUCGUCUUACCCCUCUAAAAGCUAUAACCAUACCACGUUUGGAGCUUACUGCCGCCCUGUUAUCUGCAAAGUUGGAACCCUCCUUAAAAUUGAAUUGGGAUUAUCGGAUAAAGAAACCUAUUGGACGGACAACACAACCGUUAUAA